AUGAGCGACCAGAUCAAAUUGGAAAAUAAUAGGUCUGCUGUGACUAAGGUGGACCCAAAGAAAAGAAAAAGAUUGGACGACUCUAUUGAUGGACAAAGUGGUAAGCACCGAAAGGUAAGGAAAAUUAAAAGAAAGUUUGCAUCCAUCGAACCAGAAGUCAUUAUUGAUAGCAGUACUAAAAGAAUACAUCUGCCGUCUCUUCAACAGCUAAUUCUUUAUUUGCUGACAAGCUCUAAUUCGCAACCUGAUUUCUGCAAGGUCAUAAAUAGAAGAGCAGUCUCCAAGGUUUUGUUUAUUGAGGUCAGGGGGCUUAACUGUACAGAUUUUGGUGUAAAGAGUCUACUCCGAGUGCAAAAUGCCGUCACUUUACAGAAAGAUCACUUCAGACAGGAAUUGGUGUCAUUUUCCAACGCUUUCGACUAUAUGGUUCCUAUGACAAUGCCUGGAUCUAAUCAUGCUGUUUAUCCACUUAUGACUUCUCUCGUUUCGGUUCAUUUGAGCAAUAAAGAAAGAAAGCGGAUUGUCCAUCAGAAUUCUGGGAAAGAGGCCACAUUAGAUAAUCUGUGCUUGAAGUUGGAUCAGUUAAUAGCUUCAGGAUACCCUAUUCACAAAGAUGUCACAGGCGCCAAACAAGAAUCAGUGGAUAAAACGUCUGAUUAUGUUAGUACUGUGAAAUUUGAUCAUCCAGGUGCGAAAGUGUUUGCUCUUGAUUGUGAAAUGUGCCGCGCCGAAAGUGGGCUUGUCCUUACACGUUGCUCGUUAACGAAUUGGGAUGGAAAGAGACUAAUUGAUGAACUUGUAAAGCCGGAUGAGCAUAUUGUUGACUACGUGACAAAAUAUUCUGGAAUUACAGAAGAAAUGCUUAAGGAUGUCAAAAUAAGAUUACCUGACAUUCAGCAAAAAAUAAAAGGCAUAGUUUCUUCCGAUGACAUACUUAUUGGUCACUCUUUACAAUCUGAUCUGAAUGUUUUGAAAAUGAAACAUCCACACAUUAUCGACACAGCAGAAUGCUAUGAUCAUGGUAGUGGACCACCGAUGAAACCUGCUUUAAAAAGUCUUAUCUUCAAAUACUUUGGUAAAACGAUACACGACAAAGCUACUGGCCAUGACUCAGUUGAAGACUGUACUUCUUGUCUUGAUUUGGUAAAGCUGAAACUUGAAAAGGGUCCAUUCUUUGGCAAGUCAUUGAAAACGUCAAUUUUUUCGAAUAUUGCACACUGCAACAAGAUGGAAACUACGAAUGAAGGUGAAAAGAUACCAAAAUCAUCUUUAGUUAUUGAUUCUGGUUUGCAGUUAUCUGGUCCUUAUGGUCCAGAUGAGCUGGUUCAGUGUAAAAGUGAUGACGAGGAGGUAGAAAUACUUCAAAAUAAAAUCACAAAGCAUGAUCUUAUUUUGAUGAAGCUUAGAGAAUUGGAGUUUUCUAAAGGAAUAAGUUCUCAGAAUGAUGGAAAUACUGAAUCUGUCGUGUCGGUUGAAGAAGCAUAUUCUAAUCUUGGUAUUCACUUCGAUAAAAUAUAUAAUGCAGUUCCAGCAAACACCUUGAUCAUUGUUUGUGCUAGUUGUGGGGACCUCAGUGCCAUUCGAGAGCUUCAGUCGGAACACAGAAGCUUCCAGCUUUUGUUUGGCAAAAAUCCGAACGUGAAAAAUAAAAGUAGCAGCUCCGAUUGGACUCAGAGUAAAGCUCAAAGACUUGAUGAUGCAGUCUAUAAAGUUAGGUCAUCAUUUUGUUUUCUGACCUUAAAAAAGUGA